GUGAACGUCAAAAUAGUUAAUUUUAAGGUAGUUUAUUUAAAAAAAAUAAUAAUAAUAUAUUUAUAUUAUGCCAGUUAAUAAAGAGAAUGAUGGAGACAAGAAAAAAAUAGAACUUAGAUUAAGCGGAGAUAAGAUAAAUCUCGAGUAUAGACCACCAAGUAGAUUAAGUACAGCAAGCUCAAAAUGCUCCCUUCUUACAAAAUGCUAUUCACGGUCUGUUUCUGCAGUUCCCAUGCUGAACAUUAAUCAAGAUGACGAAGAUAUAUUUCUGAAAAGUAAGCGUCCAUUUUCUGCUGGAGAUAUUCCAAAAAGAACAAAAUAUUUUACCAAAGAAUAUUACGAAAGUAGUUUGGAAAGUUUAGAUGAAAAUCUCCCUUCAACCAACCUACUGAAAACCCUGCUAUCAGAAACAGAUAGAUGCUGGAGGAAACCUCCAAACUCCAUUGAAACAAGUUCCAAUACUGAUUUUAGACAAAGUAAAGAUAAUUCGUGUGAUGAUACAAGCUCCAUGUCAUCUGAAGACAACUUACAAUCAAAAACUCUAACGAGUAAAGUCGUAAAUAAUGCUUCCACUAGAAAUGAUUUCGUUAAAUUGCAACAAUUCAACGAAAACUGUACUUUAGAACCAGGCCUGACAUCUAAACCACCAAUUCCACCAAAAACUGAAAUAACGUCUGUUAAAUUAAGAGAAGCACCUACAGUACCAACUAAAAUGGCUGAAGUUAAUUCUGCUGAAACUAAAACUUCGGAUGCCAUAAGCAACUACCUUACAUUAAGGUAUAAUGUGGAUUCUACUAAUAAGGAUGAGAUAGUUGGAACCACUUUAAAUUUAAAAAGUAAAAAUGAACUACAAAAUAAGGAGAUACAGGAUGAUAGGGCACCAGAAUCAUUCAGAAAGAAGGUAGAAUUUAAAAUUGAUCUUCCACAAGUAAAUGAUGAUGAAGAUGGUGCAAAAAAGAAUAAACCUUACACAAAAUCGUUGGAAGAGUUUAUGUUCAACAACUGGUUUAAAGAUGAAAUAAAACUUGACCCUAAUAUAAAUAUAACUGACAUGGAGGAUGAGUUACCUAAUCUAUCAGAGAUAGACAUAGAAGAACUCUUUAAGGAUAGCAAGGACAAGAAGUUUGAAAAUUUCUUCGCCAAAAAAGAUAUAGAGGUUACAAAGGCAAAAGUAUUGAAAAAAGAACUAAAAAAACCUGUCAAACCCAAAUGUCGUUUUCAACCAAAACAAAUCAAGCCCAAACCGGACUCAAAAGAUGAACACAACAAAGAGAUAGAAAGCUGGAUGGAGAUACGCCCAAACGACAUCGAGAGUGCUUUGGAAUGUAAAAGGAAUGUUAAAAAGGCGAAUUUUUUGGAUUUUUUGAAUAACAUCGAGGAACUGGAACAAUCUGUUGCACCUGGAGCUGUAGAUAACACCCAUGAUAUUCCACAGCAUGAUACAGAUGGUAGUAAAAAUGGUAGUUAUGAUGAUUUGGUGUCAAUUUUGGAAGCCUUGGAAACAGAGGAUAAAAAAUCACAGGAAAAAAUGAAGUCUGUGAAGAAAAUCGUCAACAGUACUUUAAGUUCUCCACCAUUCCCUGAUAACAAUGAAACCACCAAUGAAGGUUACACAAAAUCUGAAACACAUAAAGUUGAUGCAAACAAUCUUUCAAACGGUAAAAUUGUUGAUAUAACUGACGAUGAAUCCAACUCAAUAGAGACGCUAAAUUUACCUAGCGAAUCUAAGACUGUACAUAAAUUAGAAACAGGUUCUGCACGUGGAGUUUAUAAUUCUAACUUAAACAACCUUCUAACGUUUCUUGACGAAGUAGACAAAAAUAGUACAAAAUCAAUUUCUUCAGCAUAUCCCUUAAUGGCUUCCAAUGUAACCCACACUUCCAUACAAUUGAACACAAUUCCAAACUUCGAAGACUUGCAAGUUCUAACCAACGAAGAACUUUCCAAGCAAAUAAUCGAUCUAAGUUUGCGUGUUAAAGAAAAAACCUCAGCUGUAACGGUUCUACAAUCUGAAAUGUCAUCUCUCCGCAACCAAAUAAUAAAAAUAACCAAAGACACCGACUUAACAAUCAAACAAAAACUUAAAUCUCAAAAGGAAGAGUAUGAAGAUAUUAUAAAACGCCAUCAAAAAUUUAUAGAUCAAUUAAUAGCUGACAAAAAAACUCUCAACCAACAAUGCGAGACCUUGAUUCAGGAAAUGAAGGCACUGGAAGAUAGAUUCACAUCAAACAUGAAAGCAGCCGAGAAGAGACAUGAAAUCGAAUUACAGAAAACGAAAGAUAUGCACGCAGCUGGAGAGAAAAUACGCAGGGAUAGAUGGGUGGACAAUAAAACGCAAAAAAUUAAAGAACUCACAGUCAAAAGCUUAGAACCGGAGUUGGCAAGCAUGGAGAGGCGCCAACAGCAAGAAUUAGCUGACAUAAGGGCCUUACACAAGCGAGAAAUCGAAGAUCUCGAGUUGAAAGCCGCAAGAAAGCUGCAGCAUCAGUGCGAGCAGCUGAGAGAGCAGCUUGUGAAUGAGCGAGAGAAAGCUUUGGCACAUGAAAGGGAAGUGAUGAGGGUGCGAUACGAGCAAAUGGUCGAAUCGGAAGAAAAAAGUUAUCAGGAGCAGAGAAAACGUCUGAUGACAGACCAUGCCAACAGGAUAGCUGAAUGUGAGGAACGUGAAGCUGCAGCCGUCGUGGAAAGAGAUAGAGGUAUCAAGCUGGCACAGGAAGAGUUUGAAGAUAGACUUCAGUUGGUACUAAGAAGACAUUCCAACGAACUGAAGCUACUAAAAGAGUCCACUCAUUUGGACUUUGAAGCUUGGCAAAACAACUAUAAAAAACAACAAGCCCAACUCUUGGACGAAAAAGAACAACUCAUAAGAGAUCGAUGUCGUAAAGAUAGGGAUAAAGAAAUUGAAGCUGUUAUUGAACGACUGGAAAAUGAAGCCAGUGAAAACAAAAUUCAACAGGAGCAAUCUACAGAGAAUAGGGUCAGAAGACUGAAGGAAAAGUUUGAAAAGGAGAUGACAGAUUUGGAAUCGUCAGAAAAAGAAGCCAAAAGUAAAUACAUGGAAACAAAAACCAAAUUACUAAACACAGAAGAUGAGAUAUUGAAUCUAAAAUCGACUAUAAAAACACUUGAAAAUCAGUUGAACGAAUCAAAAGAGUAUACUGAAAAAUUAUUAAACGAGCGUAACAAUUUAAAAGAUAAAAUCCGUGAGGAAGUCAAUCAAGAAGUAGAGUCUCUGCAGAAAGAAGUGGCUACUUUAAAAAAUUCCCGAGACAAGGAAAUACAACAAUUAUAUUCAAGGGUAAAAGUUUCAGUUUCUCGUAAAGAUGACCUUCUAAACGAGUUAACAAUAGAACAUAAGGCACUUCAAGAAAAAUGCAUUUACUUGGAGAAUAUGUUGGAACAGCAGAGAAAGGAAUAUUUAAUUAAAUAAAUAU